AUGUCUGGUCGCCCUAGGAACGCACGAGGCCUGACAGGACGUGAUGCAGCCAAAGAGAACGAUGUGGAGGCAGAUCUGCUCAGUCGAGCCAUCGAAGCGAUACGGAAAGCCAAGGAGUACAGCGACGCCUCCGACAAGACUGGCCAAGCCAUCAUAGAGCUGGAAUUAGAGAUCAAGGCUACUGGCGAAGCGAAGGGCACCAAACAUGGAACUCAGGAGCAACAUGAAAGGCUCGACAAGUUAUAUCGGGAUCAGAUGCGGAAUGCCGAAGCAGAGAAGAAGGUCCUCGAAGACAACGACCCCAUCAACAGCUUGGGCAUUUUGGCUGCCAUAAAGUCUUCAGAAGAGCCCGCACCUAGGAAUGGUACAGGCAAAUCACGCAAGAACAACAAGCAGAUUCUCGAGUCCGAUAUUAUCGAUUCGCCAUCAACGCCAGUCGACAGCCGUGGGGACGUUCUCAAGCGUAUCAAGGGCAACUCGCAGCGAAGUUCUAGUGUGGCUAGUCAGAAUCGGGUCACAUCAGUCAAGGAGGACGUUCCGGAGCCAAAGGCAGACAAGACUGGUCCCUUGUCUGUUGGCACUGAUGUCUUCUACAGAAUACAGCCUGGGGAGAAGGAUGAGAAGGGUAUCAUCGUCGAAGGUGCUGGGCAACAUCAGGUCAUUAAGAAGAUCUUGCAGGACAAGAAAGGCGGCUACGCCUACGAUCUGCGUGACCCUGAUAAAGAGGAAGUGACCCGGCACAAGACUCCAGCCCGUCACCUCGCAGCCAUUCCGUCUGUAGCACAGGCGACAGGUCCGAUAUUUCCUGUGGGAUCGCGGGUGUACGCAAUGUAUCCCGAGACGGACACAUUCUACGAGGCUGAUGUCCGCAACUUCUCCAAAGGAGCGUAUACAUUGUUGUUCGAGGAAGAUCAGAACGAACAUCGUGUAGAAAGGCGGUAUGUGCUUGAUCCAGAUCAGUGGAAGUGA